AUGCCCUCAGGAUCACCAUCUGAGAGGUGGGGCUACAUCACUGGCGCUCUUGGCAAGAGGACAAGAGGGGGCCUGGCACUGAGAGGCCCUAGGCCCGCCGUGACCGAGCAGGAGGCCAAGCCACGCUGGCUCAGCUGCCCUGGGGCCCACAGCGCUGGACCACCCAGGGCUAUCAGAUCGCUAACUGAGAGUGCCCCCCGAAACUCGGCUGCCACUGUGAAGCCAAGCCCAGAGGAUCAGGGCCCCCCAGUUCUGGCCCAGGUGUGGAUGAAACCCCAGCACCUUUCCCCAGUGAGGCGGAUGUGGAUGGACAUGGCCAAGGGGGAGCGCAGUAGGACCAGAGAGGAAGGUGGCUGGUUCAACUAUGGCCUUCAGCGUAAAAGAUCGGAAGUUUACCCCAUUUACCACACUCCUCUCUGGGCCGGCGGCUUCUCUGACUUGGGCAACGUGGACAAGGCUCUGAAAUACCUGGAGGACAGCCAGAUCCUCACCUACCAGAAGACAGGCCAGCAGUGGGACUUCCCCAAUGCCUGCCCCCUGCAGGACCUGCUCAUCAGAGGUCUGGCCAAGUCUCCUUCAGCCAGAGCCCAAGAAGUGGCUUUCCAGCUGGCCCAGAAUUGGAUCCGAACCAACUGUGACAUCUACUCCAAAAAGUCAGCCAUGUAUGAGAAGUAUGAUGUCAGCAACGGUGGACAACCAGGUGGUGGAGGGGAGUAUGAAGUUCAGGAGGGGUUUGGCUGGACCAGUGGUGUGGUCCUGAUGCUCCUGGGCCGCUAUGGUGACCGGCUGAGCUUGGGGACCCACACAGCUGUGCUGGAGCCCCACUGCCUUGCCGCUGCCCUUCUGCUUAGCCUCCUGCUCAGCCUCCUGCCUCAGUGA